AUGGCUGCACCCCUUUUUGCACCGCCAGGACCUGACAGCUUCAAAUACUUCACCCAGGAAUCGCUGGCCAACAUCGAGAAGCGUAUCGCUGAGGAGAAAGCCAAGCCUCCACCCAAGCCAGACAGCAGUUACCGCGAUGAUGACGAUGAAAACAAACCUAAGCCUAACAGUGACCUGGAGGCGGGCAAAAGUCUGCCCUUCAUCUAUGGUGACAUCCCUUCUGGCAUGGUGGCGACACCAUUGGAGGACUUGGACCCUUUUUACAUGAAUCAGAAAACAUUUAUAGUGGUAAAUAAAGGAAAAACAAUCUUCCGCUUUAGUGCCACACCCUCCUUGUACAUGAUCAGUCCUUUUAAUAUUUUUAGGCGAAUAGCUAUUAAAAUUUUGAUACAUUCAGUCUUCAGCAUGAUCAUUAUGUGUACAAUUUUGACCAACUGUGUAUUCAUGACUUUUAGUAAUCCUCCUGAGUGGUCCAAACAAGUGGAGUACACCUUCACUGGCAUUUAUACCUUUGAAUCGUUGGUAAAAAUCGUUGCUCGUGGAUUCUGUAUAGAUGACUUCACAUUCCUGAGAGAUCCCUGGAAUUGGCUGGAUUUCAUGGUGAUCUCUAUGGCAUAUGUAACAGAGUUUGUGGACCUGGGGAAUGUAUCUGCGCUGAGAACCUUCAGAGUUCUCCGAGCAUUGAAAACUAUCUCUGUCAUUCCAGGUCUUAAGACCAUCGUUGGCGCCUUGAUCCAGUCGGUGAAGAAGCUGUCGGACGUGAUGAUUCUCACCGUCUUCUGCCUCAGUGUCUUUGCUCUUAUUGGCCUGCAGCUCUUCAUGGGGAACCUACGGCAAAAGUGUGUCAUAUGGCCAAUCGACAUCACCAACCUGUACCUGGCCAAUGGCAGCCGUGGCUUUGACUGGGAUGAGUACAUCAAUAAUGAGACCAAUUUCUACAUCCUUCCUGGUCAGCUGGAUGCUUUAUUAUGUGGGAACAGUUCAGAUUCGGGGCGUUGCCCGGAAGGUUACACAUGCAUGAAAGCUGGACGGAAUCCAAACUACGGUUACACCAGCUUUGACAGCUUUGGCUGGGCCUUCCUGGCUCUCUUCCGUCUCAUGACGCAGGACUACUGGGAAAAUUUGUACCAGCUGACCCUGAGGGCAGCAGGGAAGACAUACAUGAUCUUCUUUGUGCUGGUGAUCUUUGUGGGCUCAUUUUACCUGGUCAAUCUGAUUCUGGCUGUGGUGGCCAUGGCGUACGAGGAGCAGAACCAGGCCACCAUGGAGGAGGCAGAGCAGAAGGAGGCAGAGUUUAAGGCCAUGCUGGAGCAGCUUAAGAAACAGCAAGAGGAAGGCCAGGCCAACGCUAUGGCGACAUCGGCGGGAACAGUCUCUGAAGAUGCUGUGGAAGACGAUGGUGGAGAGAACUUGUCGUGCAGCUCCUCUGAGAUGUCCAAACUCAGCUCCAAAAGUGCCAAGGAGAGACGUAAUCGCAAAAAGAAGUGGAAACAGAAGGAGCAGGACAAGGAGAAGGGCGACAGUGAGAAGUUUGUCAAAUCCGACUCUGAUGAUGGGGGCAAGAGGAGUAGAUUCCGUUUCCCUGACAACCGCCUCGGGCGGAGGACCUCCAUCAUGAAUCAGUCUCUGCUCAGCAUACCCGGCUCUCCGUUCCUUUCCCGUCACAACAGCAAGAGUAGCAUCUUUAGCUUCAAGGGCCGCUGUAAGGACGCCGGCUCGGAGAACGAGUUCGCCGACGACGAGCACAGCACGGUGGAGGAAUGUGAGGAGCGCCGGGGCUCCCUCUUCAGCCCUUACCGGAGGAGCAGCUAUAGCAGCUACCACGGCAAACGCAACAGCACGGUGGACUGCAACGGCGUGGUGUCCCUGAUCGGCCCGGGCCCUGGUGGACGUCUACUGCCUGAGGUGAAAAUAGAUAAAGCAGCCUCUGACGACAGCCCAACCACUGAGAUUGAAAUCAAGAAAAAGCUCUCAGGAUCCCUUAUGGUUUCCGUGGACCAACUCAACACUUCGUUUGGGCGUAAAGAGCGAGCUAACAGCGUGAUGAGCGUCAUAACCAAUACAUUAGUAGAGGAACUGGAGGAGUCUCAGAGGAAAUGCCCGCCGUGCUGGUACAAAUUUGCAAACAACUUCCUUAUCUGGGAAUGUUCCCCCGUUUGGGUGAAGGUCAAGCAGAUUGUGAACCUGAUUGUGAUGGACCCCUUUGUGGACCUGGCCAUCACCAUCUGCAUCGUACUCAACACGCUCUUCAUGGCCAUGGAGCACUACCCAAUGACACCUCACUUUGAGGAGGUGCUGACCGUGGGUAACCUGGUGUUUACAGGAAUCUUCACUGCCGAAAUGGUUGCCAAAUUGGUCGCCAUGGAUCCAUAUUACUACUUCCAGGAGGGCUGGAAUAUCUUUGAUGGCUUCAUUGUGAGCCUGAGUUUGAUGGAGUUGGGCCUGGCUGACGUGGAGGGGUUGUCUGUGCUGAGAUCAUUCCGAUUGCUGAGAGUGUUUAAGCUGGCCAAGUCCUGGCCCACCCUCAACAUGUUGAUAAAGAUCAUUGGUAACUCUGUGGGAGCUCUGGGUAAUCUGACCCUGGUGCUAGCCAUCAUCGUCUUCAUCUUUGCUGUGGUGGGAAUGCAGCUCUUUGGGAAGAGCUAUAAGGACUGCGUGUGUAAGAUUUCCACGGACUGCGAGCUACCGCGCUGGCACAUGAAUGACUUCUUCCACUCCUUCCUCAUCGUUUUCCGGGUGCUGUGCGGAGAAUGGAUUGAGACCAUGUGGGACUGCAUGGAGGUGGCUGGGCAGGCCAUGUGUCUGAUCGUCUUCAUGAUGGUCAUGGUCAUUGGAAACUUGGUGGUGCUGAAUCUCUUCCUUGCCUUGUUGCUGAGCUCCUUCAGCGCUGACAACCUGGCUGCUACAGAUGACGAUGGUGAGAUGAACAACCUCCAGAUCUCCGUCAUUCGCAUCAAAAAGGGCAUCGCUUGGGUUAAAUCCAAAGUUCGACAGCUUGUGAGCAUCAUCCUGAGGAGGAAGGUGAUGGACGAAGCCAAGCCGCUGGAUGAUAUGUACGACAAGAAGCUGAACUGUAUCGCCAACCACACGGGCGUGGACAUCAACCGCGAACUGGACUACCAGAAGAACGGUAACGGAACCACCAGCGGUAUAGGGAGCAGCGUCGGCAAGUACAUGAUCGACGAGGAUCACAUGUCCUUCAUCCACAACCCGAACCUGACCGUGUGCGUACCCAUCGCCGUGGGGGAGUCGGACUUCGAGAACCUCAACACGGAGGACUUCAGCAGCGAGUCGGAAGCUGAGGGCAGCAAAGACGUGAGUCUGGAUGACAGCAGUUCAUCAGAGGGCAGUACCAUCGAUAUUAAACCAGAGGUGGAGGACGUGGUGGUGGUUGAAGCUGUGGAGGAAUAUGUGGACCCAGAGCCUUGCUGGACAGAAGCUUGCGUAGCUCGGUACAAGUGCUGUGAUGUGCCCAUCACGGAAGGGUGGGGCAAACACUGGUGGUUCCUGAGGAAGACCUGCUAUCUCAUAGUGGAACACAACUGGUUUGAGACCCUCAUCAUCUUCAUGAUCCUCCUCAGCAGUGGAGCUUUGGCUUUUGAGGAUGUGUACAUUGAACAGAGAAAGACAAUUCGCAUUAUCCUGGAGUAUGCCGACAGGGUCUUCACCUACAUCUUCAUUUUAGAGAUGUUGCUGAAGUGGGUGGCCUACGGUUUUGUUAAAUAUUUCACCAAUGCCUGGUGCUGGCUGGACUUCUUCAUUGUAGAUGUGUCUAUAGUCAGCCUAAUAGCUAAUGCGCUGGGCUACUCCGAUCUAGGGCCUAUUAAAUCUCUCAGGACACUAAGGGCCCUGAGACCUCUCAGAGCAUUGUCACGUUUUGAAGGGAUGAGGGUGGUAGUCAACGCCUUGGUUGGUGCCAUUCCCUCCAUUAUGAAUGUGUUGCUGGUUUGCCUCAUCUUUUGGCUGAUUUUCAGUAUCAUGGGGGUCAACUUGUUUGCUGGCAAAUACUACUAUUGUUUCAAUGAGACCGCCGAAGAGUACUUUGAUCCGGAGGAGGUCAACAACAAAACACAGUGUUUGGAACUCAUUAAAGCCAAUAAUACUGAAGUGCGAUGGAAGAACGUCAAGAUCAACUUUGACAACGUUGGGGCUGGCUACCUGGCUCUGCUUCAAGUGGCUACCUUCAAGGGUUGGAUGGACAUUAUGUAUGCAGCUGUGGAUUCACGACAGGUGGAGGACCAGCCUAAAUAUGAGGACAACAUUUACAUGUACAUCUAUUUUGUCAUCUUCAUCAUCUUCGGCUCUUUCUUCACUCUCAACCUCUUCAUUGGUGUCAUCAUCGACAACUUCAACCAGCAGAAGAAAAAGUUUGGAGGUCAGGAUAUCUUCAUGACAGAGGAACAGAAGAAGUACUACAAUGCCAUGAAAAAGCUAGGCUCAAAGAAACCACAGAAACCUAUUCCCAGACCUCAGAACAAGAUCCAGGGGAUGGUGUUUGACUUUGUGACUCAGCAGGUCUUUGACAUCUCCAUCAUGAUCUUGAUCUGUCUGAACAUGGUCACUAUGAUGGUAGAAACAGAUGACCAAUCGCAGGAAACAGAGAACAUUCUCUACUGGGUCAACUUCAUCUUCAUUGUGGUCUUCACCUCUGAGUUUGUACUCAAACUCUUUGCCCUACGCCAUUAUUAUUUCACCAAUGGAUGGAACAUCUUUGAUUGUGUUGUAGUCAUUCUUUCCAUCGUAGGUAUGUUCCUGGCCGAUCUGAUUGAGAAGUACUUUGUGUCACCAACGUUGUUCAGGGUCAUCCGUCUGGCUCGAAUUGGCCGUAUCCUGCGUCUGAUCAAAGGAGCCAAGGGCAUCCGGACUUUACUUUUCGCCCUGAUGAUGUCACUGCCAGCCCUGUUCAACAUUGGCCUUCUGCUUUUUUUGGUCAUGUUCAUCUUCUCAAUUUUCGGCAUGUCCAACUUCGCCUAUGUCAAACGAGAGGUUGGCAUCGACGACAUGUACAACUUCGAAACGUUUGGCAACAGCAUGAUCUGCUUGUUCAUGAUAACCACCUCAGCGGGGUGGGAUGGUCUUCUCGCGCCCAUUCUGAACUACCCGCCCGACUGUGACCCAGAGAAGGAGAACCCGGGAACCUCGGUGAAGGGUAACUGCGGUAACCCGUCUGUGGGGAUUUUCUUCUUCGUCAUGUACAUCAUCGUGUCCUUCCUCAUCGUUGUGAACAUGUACAUCGCCAUCAUCUUGGAGAACUUCAGCGUGGCCACUGAGGAGAGCGCCGACCCGCUCUGCGAGGAUGACUUCGAGUCCUUCUACGAGAUCUGGGAGAAGUUCGACCCCACCGCCUCGCAGUUUAUGCCCUUCUCCAAGCUGAGCGAUUUCGCCGACACUCUGGAGCAUCCGCUGCGCGUGCCCAAACCCAACACCAUCGAGCUGAUCGCCAUGGACUUGCCCAUGGUGAGUGACGACCGUAUACACUGCCUGGACAUCCUCUUUGCCUUCACCAAACGUGUGCUGGGCGACAGCGGAGACCUUGACAUGAUGCGCCAACAGAUGGAGGAGCGUUUUAUCGCUGCCAAUCCCUCGAAGGUGUCCUUCGAGCCCAUCACCACCACCCUACGGCGCAAGCAGGAGAAUGUGUCGGCUCAGAUCAUUCAGCGAGCCUAUCGCGCUCACCUGGUUCGACGGGGUUUCAUCUGCAAGCGUCUCCUGAGCAGUAGCAGGCUGGAGAACGGCGGCACCAAUCAGGAGAAGAAGGAAGGGACGCCCUCCACUGCCUCGCUCCCCUCCUACGACAGUGUGACCAAACCAGACAAAGAGAAACAGGAGGAGAGCGACAACAAGGGCAAGAAAGAUAAAAACCAAAAAGACGUCAAGGAAUCCAAGUGUUAG